CUCACUGACGUCUGAAUGAAUGCACACGUGACACCCUGCCCCGCCCCCUCCAUAGACUCCGGCUGCAGUACAGAACAGAAGGACGACGCUGCGGGCGGACAGCGCCCCCUGGAGUCUUACUCUAUGCUGCUCCGGGGAAACCGCACGGCUCUCGGUGUGACUGCAGCCUGUACAGGGAGAGUUCACACCAUGCCGCGGAAGGAAAGCAAAGAGGGAAAAGGCCAGAAGAAGGAGUCCGAGAAGGCUGCCCAGCCGACAGGUCCUGUUGUACUAGACAAAAAUGGCUCAGUUUUAAUAUCUGUACAUGCCAAACCAGGUUCCAAACUUAAUGCUAUAACAGAUGUGACAGCAGAGGCUGUUGGAGUUGCAAUCGCGGCUCCUCCAUCUGAAGGAGAGGCAAAUGCUGAAUUAUGCCGCUAUCUCUCAAAGGUCCUGGAAGUAAAGAAGAGUGAAGUUAAUCUUGAUAAGGGUGGAAAAAGUCGGGAGAAAAUAGUGAAGAUUUCAGCUGACAUCACACCAGAAAUGGUUUUAGAAAAACUAAAGAGUGAAGCAUCCAAAAGUUGAUUCUUAAACUACUGGUGGACUUUUUGAAUUUACCAUUACAUUUUCCAUUAUUUACAGAAAGUCAUAUGAAUAUACAUUUUUAUUUAAUGUGACAAGAGAAUCCUCAGCUCAACAUCAAUUGUCUAAGAAUUAGCAAAUCCAUAAUGGAAUAAACAGAACUUCACAAAUGUGUCAAACAGUUUGGAUGUCUUCUGCUUUCGAUGGUGGACAAGUGAAAUAAAAAUAAGUUAUUCAAGUAAUAA